AGUUACUUUUAUUAUUUUACUUCAAUACAAAAAGUAAUUUCAGCUCACUGGAUUUUGUUAAUAUUAUUGUAGUGUUUUAGGAAAAAUACGUAAAAUAUAAAUUUUUAUUACAAUGUCAAGAGGAAGUUCAGCAGGUUUUGAUAGACAUAUUACCAUAUUUUCCCCGGAAGGCCGUCUAUACCAAGUUGAAUAUGCCUUUAAAUCAAUUAAUCAAGAAGGAAUUACUUCGGUUGCUGUUAAAAGUGAGGAUACUGCUGUAAUAGCUACACAGAAGAAAGUAACAGAAAAAUUGAUUGACCCUUCAACUGUAACUCACAUGUUUAGAAUAACUAAAGCUAUUGGAUGUGUUAUGACUGGAAGAAUAGCUGACAGUAGGUCUCAAGUGCAACGUGCGCGAUAUGAAGCUGCAAAUUGGAGAUACAAAUUUGGAUAUGAUAUGCCGGUUGAUGUUUUAUGUCGCAGAAUUGCUGACAUAAAUCAAGUUUAUACGCAGAAUGCUGAAAUGAGACCGUUAGGUUGCAGUAUGAUUUUGGUUGCUUACGAUGAUGAGAAAGGUGCCUGCAUUUAUAAAACCGAUCCAGCUGGUUAUUAUUGUGGUUUUCGCGCUUGUUCGGUUGGAGUAAAACAAACAGAAGCCAACAGCUACUUAGAAAAGAAAAUGAAAAAACCUCCUACUACUGGAGAGGAGGCUAUUCAAAUGGCUAUUACUUGUUUGUCAACUGUAUUAGCUGUAGACUUUAAACCAAAUGGAAUAGAGGUCGGUGUAGUUACAAAAGAUGACCCCAGUUUCAGAACUUUAACAGAAAAAGAAAUUGAAGAUCAUUUAACUAAGAUCGCAGAAAAAGAUUAAUAUGUAAUCAACUUUUUAUUUUAUAUUGGAAAGGAAAAAUUCUUAAAUUACAAUAAAAAAUCGUGUAAUAUACAUGAAAA